UUAAAUAAGAUAAGUUAAAUAAAUGAUAUUGAUAUAAUAUACAAUUGCGAUACCGAUUUCUUUCACAAUGGGUUUGAGAGAAUUACAUCAUUAUUUGUUCGAAGAAUUAUCAAUUGAACGAACUCGCAAAUGGCCACUCAUGUCUUCUCCAUAUCCACUGAUGCUAAUUACUUUUGGAUAUGUGUAUUUUGUUCUUUAUGCUGGUCCACGUUUCAUGAAACAUCGACCGCCAUAUAAGUUGAGAACUUUUAUACUAAUUUAUGACAUGAUUCAAAUUCUGGCAAAUUUAUGGUUUGUCAAACAGCAUAUAUCUUAUGGCUGGUUUUCAGAAUACUCUUUUAUAUGUUUUCCGUCUAAUGCAGAUUCUCCUAAUGCGAUGAAAGUAC